AUGUCGAAAAAUAAGCUACCUUCGCGAAGUAACCAUGCGAUUUCAUUAACAAGUGGUAAUGCUAUCUCAAGAUUAGUAUUCAUAUUUGCACAACUUCCAAAUUUAGUCAAGGCAUUGCCAAUUUUUGCAAGAAACUCAGAUAUUGAGCAUAAUGACAUUGCUGAAGCAAUGGUUAUGACUCCUGAGCUGUUCUACACGAACUUAUUCACUUCUAUCUUCCUUGUUCUAGCAGGGGGUGUGUUUGCUGGGUUGACCUUGGGUUUGAUGGGUCAAGAUGAGGUUUAUUUAAAGGUCAUCGCAACAAGUGGCGAACCUCAAGAACGUAAUCACGCUCGUAAGGUGUUGAAAUUGAUUGGUCGUGGUAAGCACUGGGUCUUAGUUACAUUAUUAUUGUCCAAUGUUAUUACCAACGAAACAUUGCCGAUCGUUUUAGAUAGAUGUUUAGGUGGUGGAUGGCCUGCGGUCGUAACAUCUACCGUAUCUAUUGUUAUUUUCGGGGAAAUUAUUCCUCAGUCUAUCUGUGUGAGAUAUGGAUUACAGGUAGGGGCAAUGUUUUCACCAUUUGUUUUGUUGUUGAUGUACCUCAUGUACCCAGUAGCAUAUCCAUGUGCUUUACUUUUGGACCAUAUUUUAGGUGAGGAUCAUGGUACCGUAUACAAGAAGUCUGGUUUGAAAACAUUAGUCACCUUGCAUAAGACCAUGGGUGUCGAAAGAUUAAAUCAAGAUGAGGUUACGAUUAUUAGUGCUGUUUUGGACUUAAAAGAGAAGCCGGUAGCACAUAUUAUGACGCCUAUGGAUAGAGUUUACACUAUGAGUGCAGACACAAUAUUGGAUGAAAAGACCGUUGAAGAAAUUUUCAACGCUGGAUUUUCUCGUAUUCCAAUUCAUCUUCCAAAUGAACCUAUGAACUUUAUUGGGAUGUUAUUAGUUAGAGUGUUAAUUAGUUACGAUCCCGAAGACGCAUUACCAGUGGCUUCAUUCCCAUUGGCUACAUUACCUGAAACAGGAAGGGAUACCUCCUGUUUGAACAUUUUAAAUUACUUCCAGGAAGGUAAAUCACAUAUGAUCGUGGUUAGUGAAAAUCCUGGUGAACCAACUGGAGCUCUUGGUGUCUUAACCUUAGAAGAUGUCAUUGAAGAAUUAAUUGGUGAAGAAAUUGUCGACGAAUCCGAUGUCUACAUUGACAUCAAUAAGAAUAUCAAGAGAACACAACCCGGCCCAUUAUCCAAGAGAAAUUUAACUACUUACUUAAAUAAUUUGUACCAUAAAUCAGCAUCGGCAUCUAAGAGAAACUCGCUUGAUGAUGGCGCCUUAACUCCUUUGAAGGAUUCUUUCGCAACAGAAACACCCUCCUCACCAUCAAGACAGAAAUUGUUCAAUGGCGGUGGCAGCGCUGGAAAUUCGCCAAUGAUGGGACCAAUUGACGCCACCAAAUGGAAACCUUUAAAUCCUGCUUCAAACCCUCUUGAACUCAACAAGUCAUUCGUUAAAAUCAAGAGGACGGACAUGGAAUCCGUUAAAAACUCUGUUAUGCCUCCACCAAAGAGGUCACCACCAAAGAAUGCUAAAUCAUAUGGUGCAAUUCAUGCAACAGAAGAAGGAGCAUUGAAUAGUGCUAAAAAUCUUAAUGACGACUCGGAAGAUGAGGCAGGUAGUCAUGACCAAACCCAAAGGUUCUUGCUACCUGAAGAGAAGGAAACAGGUUUAUCUGAAAUAAUGAGUCGCAAAAAGGAUCAGAAUGGCGAUAGUUCAAACCCUGAUGAUUUUAAGCAUCAUCAUCAUCAUCAUCAUGCAUCGCAUAACGGUGAGGGCUAUGACAUUCAUUAUCACAACGAUUACUCUGCAUCUCAUCCUCAGAAUAUAGUACCCGAGUAUCAGGAAGCGAGGUCUUACAGGACUGGUGGUAUUAUUGAAUCGGUCGUCAAUGUACAGGGUGUACAUAAAACAAUCAUAGAAAACGUGGAUGAAGAGAACGAAUACUCAAACCUUGCGAAUAGUCACCGUAACAGUUUAGAGAAUGCUCAAGUUUUGGGUCAACUUGAAAGCCGCGACAACGAUGAAGAAUCUGAAGGCUUACUUGCUGGAUUAAAGAAGAAGGCCACUGGUUCGAGCAUUUUAUCUGGUAACAGCAGUCAUUCCGAUGAUAGCAAGAAUCGGAAACCAAGUGUGUGGGAUAAAUUCAUGAAUACUUCGAAUUCAAAUACUUAA